GAUCGGUAAUUGUACACACAACCUCCACCUCUACACAACUGUCUUUCCUGAAGGUGACGAAACUCAACUGACAACUGACUUUGCUCACUUGUUGGAAGAACAUCGAGUUGUUGGAAGAACAUCGAGUUGUUGGAAGCCUCUUGCAAACCCGGAACAUUUCCACCCCACAUUUGUCGGGUCCCUGAUCACCAUGAAGACAACACUGCUGCUCUCUGUACUGUGCGCUGUCAUGGCGGUCGCUGCAUCUGCAUCCUGCGGAACUGAGACCUGUGCUAAUGAUGAGUAUUGUAACAAUAGUACUGCCUGCCAGUGCAAUACAACUCUCUAUAAAAAUGCAGGAAGUCUUCCAUCUUCAAAUUUUACAUGUAAUGGAGCAAAUUUCAAUAUCCAAGUGUCAAAAUGUUGGUUGGAAGCACACGGUUAUAAUACGUCCAAUGUGAGGCUGAACAGCACCACCUCCAAUUGUUGGGCAGCAAGGGAGGUUGUGAAUGGAAUAUCGGAGAUGACCCUUCAUCGUCCAUUGAUAACCUCUGACUGUAACACUGAAGCUGUGAUGAAUGCGACCCAUGUCACCUACACAAACCAGCUGUAUAUGCUGGCCAAGACGAAACCAAUCCAAACAAUAAAUUACGCUGUCAUGAAUGUUUCCUGCUCUUACGCGUUGCGUUUGAAUGCGAGUCUUAAUAUGACCCUGCACCCAAUACUGGGGAUCACAAUAAUACCCAGUUCUAUAGCGAAUGGAACGUAUACAGUCUACAUGGUGGCCUAUACAGAUAACACAUAUGUGACCCCUCUCACCGAAUCUUCCCCCUUGUAUGUGGAGGAUACCAUCUACAUCUCAGUGUUCAUACCAGAUCUGACCGCCAACGCCUAUAAUCUCAAAGUCGUGAAUCUGUAUGCCUCUCCUGACAAUUCAAGCUCCCUCCAGUACUAUCUUCUUCAGAACGAGUGCCCCGCUAGCGGCGUAGGUGCCGGCCUCCUAACAGUGAACAACAAUGGAGCCGGACUUGAAGCCCGGUUUGCUAUGAAAGUCUUCCAGAUUGCCAAUUCUAACAACGUCUACCUCUUUGCGGACGUUGCGAUCUGCGUUGGUAGUUGUAACUUGACCUGCAGCUCUCAAUCCAAAUCAGGUGAUUCCCAGGACAUUGCAGGAAGGGUCGGUCUCUUUUUGAAUGCAGCUGAUGGCGCUUUUGAAAUCAGUUCUGCAAGCAGUUCCUCCAUGCCUUGGACUUUGUCUGCUCUGAUCUUCUCCUGGAUCUUGAUGAAACUGAUGUAAUCCCUCCGAGAACCGACCAUCCCGACACCAUGAGACUUUGUCAUAUCCUCGCCCCCAAUGCUCUCAGCAGAGAGAAGUUAUGAAGGAAUCUUGUAUCUAAUUAUUUUUCUGUGGACGGUGUUGGCUGCAUCAUAUAUAACGCUUCCUAAGAUCACCUUCCUGCGGGGCGUCCCGAUUAUCUCUCAUUUUAUAAAGUGCUUUUUUGGCUUAGAGGUGCCUGUUUUAUACCUGAGCAAUAUAUAUUAUUGUAUUUAUUUUGGGGUAAUGGAGUAGAAAACAUAUCGAUAUUUUGUAUCACUGGAGAGCGCACCCUGUACUUCUUUUACAUAUAAUAAACUGCAACGCAAUA